GCGCCGCCCCCGCCGCGCCCCGCGCCCGCCCUUGUUAGCAGGCGCCUCCCGCCCCCCGCAUUGCUGAUGCUGCUGCUGGCAGACAUGGACGUGGUGAAUCAGCUGGUGGCCGGGGGUCAGUUCCGGGUGGUCAAGGAGCCUCUUGGCUUUGUGAAGGUGCUGCAAUGGGUCUUUGCUAUCUUCGCCUUUGCCACAUGCGGCAGUUACACCGGGGAGCUCCGGCUGAGUGUGGAGUGUGCCAACAAGUCAGAGAGUGACCUCAGCAUCGAGGUUGAAUUCGAGUACCCCUUCAGGCUGCACCAAGUGUACUUUGAUGCACCCACCUGCCGAGGGGACACGGAGAAAAUCUUCCUGGUGGGGGACUACUCCUCAUCGGCUGAAUUCUUUGUCACCGUGGCUGUGUUUGCCUUUCUGUACUCCAUGGGGGCUCUGGCCACCUACAUCUUCCUGCAGAAUAAGUACCGAGAGAACAACAAAGGACCCAUGAUGGACUUCCUGGCCACGGCUGUGUUCGCCUUCAUGUGGCUGGUUAGCUCAUCAGCAUGGGCCAAGGGACUGUCAGACGUGAAAAUGGCCACUGACCCAGAGAACAUUAUCAAAGGGAUGUCUGUCUGCCACCAGACGGGGAACACAUGCAAGGAGCUUAGGGACCCUGUGACCUCUGGCCUCAACACUUCAGUGGUGUUCGGCUUCCUGAACUUGGUGCUCUGGGUCGGCAACCUGUGGUUCGUGUUCAAGGAGACAGGCUGGGCUGCCCCAUUCAUGCGUGCACCUCCCGGCGCCCCCGAGAAGCAACCAGCGCCCGGGGACGCCUAUGGAGAGGCAGGCUACGGGCAGGGCCCAGGCGGGUACGGGCCCCAGGACUCCUACGGGCCCCAGGGCGGCUACCAGCCCGAUUACGGGCAGCCCGCCGGCGGCGGCGGCGGCGGCUACGGGCCUCAGGGAGACUACGGGCAGCAAGGCUAUGGCCCUCAGGGCGCGCCCACCUCCUUCUCCAAUCAGAUGUAGUCUGGUCAGUGCAGCCCGGGAGGACCCCAUGGGUGGGCAAGAGCUCAGAAGCCCUGCCGCCCUUUCCACCCCUAUACCCCAGGUCUCCGCCCCUCAAGCCAGGAGACUCUAACUCUCUUUGCUGUUUAUAUAUAUAUAUAUAUUAUAUAUAAAUAUCUAUUUAUCUGUCCGAGCCCUGCCCCCACUCCAUACCCCUCAUGCAUUAGGGGCCUGACCUUGAGUGGGUCCCUCUCCUAACCCCACCCCUUCCUUUGCAUCCCUUGGCCCCUGUCUGUUCCCUGGCCCUGUGCCCUGAGGUUGGGGGACUCUGAAAGGGGGACAGGGAAAAGACAGAUCUUAGCUAAGUGGGGAGGGUCAGUGUGACUUCAGACUCUCUCCCCUCUCUCCCUUCCCUCCUCCCAACUGGCCUUGACUCCUCCAGCAAUGUCUGAACAGGGGCCAUGAGGGGAAAUUCAACCCUGAGGGGGGAGAAAGGCAGAUUGGGGGACUUGACCUGAGGAGGACUUGAGGGGAGCUCUUGGGUGAAGAGGACCGAUAAGCAAAGGGUGUGGGUUCCAGACAUACUGGGUCUAGAGUCUAAGGAAGAGGGGUGCCCUAGAGCAUUCUGGAGUAGGGGUUGUUGGAACGAGGCUGAGAGCCCGGUUCUAGAAUGGUUGGAGCUUUGAGUGAGGCAAGGGUCAGGCCCCAAAAGUGGGCAGGAUUUGAAAUGGGACAAGAAGGGGUGUGACCUGGGGGACGGGUUCUAGAGGGGUGGGGCCUGAACCAGGAAUGGGUGAGGCUCCAGAGUGGGCGGGUCUUGGAUUGGGACCAGAGUGUACUGAAGCGGUAUUGCUAGGAAUAUUCAGGAGACCGAGUUUGCUUCUAAAGGGGGCAGAUCUUGUGCAAGGCAAGAAGUGGGAUUCAGGAAUGGGCCAAGCUUGAUGUGAGAUCUGAGUUCUGGACAGGACGGGGUGCAUAGUGGGUGUUCGUGGCUGUUUCAGAAGGGG